CCAUCAUUCGUCAUAAUCCAAUUCACAGCCUCAUGAAAAGAAUGCUUUUCGGACUCUCAGAAUCCCUCCGAAGCUUGGUCGAGGCCAAGUUCAGCGCCGCAAAGGCGAACUCGUCCAUAUUCUUCACCCCUUCCGAAGUAACUACAAUUCGCACCUCGCGUGGUAUCGCCUUCCAACUCCGCUACUGUCCCACGCUCGCCAAAAAACCCACAGCGUCCAAUCCAGAGGCGAAAACAGACGGUGCACCCCAGAAGCGCGACCCCUUUGAAGAUCCUCCCCAAGACCUCCUGGUUGCCGAAAUCCCCCAGCGUGCUGCUUCUUCUAGUAGUAAUUCCAAGUCCGCUACGCACAUCCUCGUGCUGAACAAAUUCCCCAUCAUUCCUGCCCACUUUAUCCUCGCUACCAAGGCCAACAAGCCGCAGACGCAUGCUCUCGAGGAAGAUGAUUUGGAGGUCGCGUAUGUGUGUUUGAGGGCUUGGGAAGAAGAUUCAUCAGUUUUAUCUUCCUCAUCCGGAGAAGGGGAAGGCGAAGGAGGAGGGAGUGAAACACGUGACCAGCCCUCUCCUAUUCCAGAGAAGAACCAGCAGAAACAGGCGAGGAAGCGAUUAUUCGCCUUCUUCAACUCGGGCGAACACAGCGGGGCGAGUCAACCGCAUCGGCAUUUACAAUUCCUGCCGGUCGAGAGCAUCAGGGAGCAGGAGCGAGCGCCGGGCUGGGAACUCCUCCUCGAUUUGAUCCUGAACGAAGGCGAGGUCGUUGGGAAAGACUCCUCAGAUACCCCUUCCUCCGAACACUCCCCUGAUUUCCCACUACUCCAACACCCCUCCCUCCCCAUCACACACUUCGCCCACCGCCUCCCCUCCUCCCCAACACCCUCCUACCUCCUCCAAACCUACCACUCCCUCCUCGCCGCCGCCCAAUCCGCCAUCCACGGCUUCGACCCCUCCUCCACCACAAACACAUUCCCAACCACCCACCCCAUCCCCCUAAGCUACAACCUCGCCCUAACAACUUCCGCAAUGGCCAUCCUCCCCCGCCGCGCCGAAGGCCAGACCCUCCUCGAUGACGCCGAGGAGGGGGACGACAACAGCACCACAGUCGCGGGAUCCGUCUCGCUCAACGGCACGGCGCUAGCAGGCACGCUGAUGGUCAAGCAGCAAUCCGAAUGGGAUCUUUUGCGUCGACGGCCUGAGAAACUGGAUGAUAUACUGGAAGCGAUUGGCGUGCCAAGGGUUCAGGGGGGGCCGCGGAUGUGAAGGGAUUUAGGGAAAAGAUGUGCACGCUUGGAUGAGUGAAAUGCAUGAAGUAUGAGGCUUAGGUAGAGGGUGGAUGCGGUAUAUAGUCCAAGUUCAACUGGUA